UGUCGGUCAUUCCUCUUCCCCCGCCUCUUGCUCUCCCAGCAUCCUUUGCGCCGCUGUGACUGACUUGCUCAGUUAGCCAGUUAGCCUAUACAUGCUGCUGCUACGUUGAUUUGUUUUUCUUUCUUCUGGACAUUUUCAGCUUCUAUCGUUCAUAGCGGUGUGUGAGGGCGAUGCGGAAGGCGUGCACGGGUCGUGGUCAUGUGACCCGACCCCACCAUUGGUGACAGGGUCAUGGAAGCAACUGGGUCCUACUGCCCCCCGAGUUACUGCCCCAACACAGCCGGUUGUGUGUGUGUAUGUGCGUGUUAGGCGUCGGCUCCGAUGAGAAUGUCUGAAGUUGCGCUGGAGGAAAGAGGCUGCGACGCGAUGAAAGUCUUAGAGAGCGACGGCCCUCCCAAACCGCACAGCCCCGCACACGCACACGAACACAACGCCACGCACACGCAGCACCAAGAGCACACACACAACGAGUGUGUGAAAGAACAGAGCUGCUCGGACCUCAGUAACCAAACACAGCCGUCCAGCACAGCAGGACAGCCAAUGAGACGCUCCAAGUCAAACGCAAAAGUAAAAUUAGUCCGGAGUUUGGCGGUGUGUGAAGAAUCGUCGCCACCCACAAUCUCAGAGCCAUCACACCAGGAUAAGAUCCAUUUGCAGCUCAGCCAGCCUUCGGAGAAAGAGGAAGCUGCCAGCGGGGAUGAAGAACACACCGAGAAGAGCCCGGAAAAGACAGAGCGAGCCGACAAAGUGCCAAGAAGAUCACUGUCGAGAGACCCCAGUCAGGAGUACACCGACUCCACAGGAAUCGAUCUCCAUGAAUUUCUGGUCAACACACUGAAGAAUAAUCCUCGGGACCGAAUGAUGCUGCUGAAGCUGGAGCAGGACAUUCUGGACUUCAUCGGUAACAAUGAGUCCCACAAGAGGAAGUUCCCCCCAAUGACAUCAUACCACCGGAUGCUGCUGCACAGAGUGGCGGCGUACUUCGGCCUGGAGCACAACGUCGACCAGACCGGCAAAUCGGUCAUCAUCAACAAAACCAGCAAUACCAGGAUACCGGAUCAGAAGUUCUCGGAGCACAUAAAAGACGACAAAACUGAUGAUUUCCAAAAGCGUUACAUCCUGAAGAGGGACAGCUUAAGCCUAGACCAGGAGGAUGGCAGGCUGAGGAUGCGCCUGAAGGACGACCGGAGGAGCAAAUCCAUCGAGGAGAGAGAGGAGGAGUACCAAAGAGCGAGAGAGCGAAUCUUCGCUCAGGAUGGGCAAGAUCAUUUCCAGCUCGAUAAAAGGAUUCAGGAGGAUAUGGGUUAUAUUAGCAGUCAUCAGAAGCGGCAAAUCUUCAGGUUGAGGGACAGCAGCUCGGAGAAUGAGCCGCGAAGCCUGGAUCCUCGGCCAUGGAGCAGCACGGACUCGGACAGCUCGCACAGAAACGGCAGGCCGGCCAUCACUAAAGCCAGCAGCUUCAGCAGCAUCAGCGUGCUCAUUCGCAGAGACAGCACUGCUAGCAGCAGGAGCACGGGGAGGCUGUCUAAAACGGGUUCUGACUCCUGUAGUAGUGUAGGUUCAUCUUCCGGCUCUCUCUCUCGCCCCGCCUUGUCCUUACCCAUCCAAGCUGUGCCCGCUCCGACCAGGCAUGUCGGGGCUGGCACCGGAGACCCGGGCCCUCCGAACUCCGCCGCGAACCCUACCACCCGCGCUGAUACUAACACUAGUGCUAACGCUAACACAAGCUACUACCUCCUUCCUCUGGAGGCCUCGGGCAUCCCAGCGGGCAGCGUGCUGCUACACUCUCAAACAGGUCAGCCAUUUGUGAACCCCGACGGCAGCGCUGUGGUCUACAACCCUACCUUGACAUCGCAGCAGGGGAGGGGCCAGCAGCCCAUGGCUCCGCCUCCUCCACCUCCUCCACAUCUCCAGCAGCACCAGCCAACCAAUCAUGUUGUGACACAGCAUUGUGGUCAGUGUGUGCAGUACUCAGCGAUCUCUUAUCCUCCUCCGCUCCUGCCUGUUCCUCUAAACCAACACUACACUGUGCAGGACAGUCUGGGGAACCAGUUCAGCCAGUUGAGCCUGGCACCAGGCGAAGUGCCAGACCACCAGACGGGCGUCUUUUCCCACUCCAUGGUGCUCCAGAAUCCGGCCCCAACCGGCUACGUGCUCCAGCCUGGUCAGCCUGUCCCCGUGCCCACGUACCCACCACCCACGCCAAGCAUCCAGCAGCAGGGAUACAUCCAGCAGCCUGUGCAGCAGAUGUCAGCGUGUUACUGUGCUCCUGGUCAGUAUCCCCACUCGAACCAGCACUACAGACCAGUCACCCCAGUACACUACAGCGGCCCGCAGAGUCAACCCGUACCACCGCAACAACCAGGUUAUCAGACCGUCAUGCCCAGUCAAGCCCCCAACUACCAAGGCAUGAUGGGAGCUCAGCAGCCUCAGAGCCAAUCACUGGUCAGCAACCAGGCAGGGAUAACCAAUCAGAUUCAGGGUGUUGUGGUGCAGUACCCGCCCAUGCCGCCCUAUCAGGGCUCGCCGAACGUUCCUCAGCCAGCCUAUCAGCAGCAGCUUGUCCUGCAGGGACCGACCAAUCAGACGCCAGUGCCCUCGGCCAGCAUGCAGGUGUACUACAGCGUCCUGCCUCCAGGACAACACUCCACUGUCAGCUCCACGGUGGGCUUCCUGCCCCCUCCGGGUUCCGAGCAGAUGCAGUUCCCCAGGGCUGCUUCUCCCUGUGGCUCUCAGCCAAUCCCAGCGCAGCAGUGCACAGGUGUACCUCCGGCGCCCCCUGGUGGUAGCGGUGUGCUGAUGAUGCAGCUGAGCGUCCCUCCUCCUCCUCCCCCUCCUCCUCCCGCCACCCAGUGGAAACAAAACAAAUACUACAGCCUGGACCAGCAGCAUCAACACCACCACGGCUCCAAACCGUCUGAUCUGGGCCUGGUCGACACAACGCAAGUGCGUUCACGUCAGAACAGUCCUCAGCUGACCAGCCCCGCCCCUUCCCCCGCCCACUCACCUGGUCCACCCCAUUUGGCCAGUCUAAAGGGAAUCCGUCCUGGCCUUGCCCCUCUUCCAAUCAUGCCUCAGUUUUCUCGACCCUUCCUUCAAGGUGAUGGCAGGUAUCCUUUGCUUGGACAGCCUCUACAGUACAACCAUCCUAUCAGACCUCCUCUAAUGCACGGCUCUCCUCUGGUCAACCACCACUACCAUCACCAUCAGGGUCCUAUGGGAAUCCGUCAUGGGGGACGUGGCCGAAGACCAACAAAGAAAUCACUGUCCACCGAUAGUAGCACAGGGGAGAUAGCAACCGGUCGUGUCCUGGAGGUGACGGACCUGCCAGCAGGCAUCAGCCGCGCCGAGGCCGACUCUCUGCUGGCAGAGCUGGGCAAAGCAGGCGCUCUCAUCAAAUGGCUGCCGGAGCAGUCCCAGCAUCCCCAGCGCUCAGAGAGCAGUACGGUGACCUCCGACCCCUCCACCGUGACCCCACGCGACCUCGCCUCUACCUACACCAUCCUGGCCACCUUCCCAUCAAAGCAAGCGGCGCAGAGCGCGCUGCUCAAACUCAACACCUCCAUCGGCACGUUUAGACUCAAGGCCAUCCAGAGGGCUGGCUCUCAGUGAGGCCACGCCUCCUCAUCCUCAACCCCAUCACCACCAUUUCCUGCCUCACUACUUCCUGUUUCUGUUGCGUUUUCAUGUUUUUGUUUGCAUCACUGUGGAGAACUGGGUUUGAUAGUUGUCUGGGGCUUUUUUUUUUUUUUUUCACUUGGGUUUGUUUAAUACAGGGGGGAAAAGAAAAGAAUCUGAACCGUAACUGUUGACUCGAGAUUAUUUAAUCGAACCAAAAAAGAAAAAAGAAAAAAAAAAAAAAAAAAGACACGUUUUGCAAUUUUUCUAAAGACUCCAAGAUGCUUUACCACAAAGACAGCAUGGUUGAUUUUGUACUGCAGAAUGGAAGCUUGGACCACGUGCACUUGCUCUUUUGUCUUGUUUGUGACUCCUUUUUUUUUUUUUUUUAAAGGGGGGGAGAAAAAACACAAAGUCUGCUCAAUCUGGUACGUCGAUGAGACCACAAACAAGAGAAAGCUUCAACUUCUUGUGCCUUCAACCACAACUGCACUGUUGAGCUGUCGGAGAAAGAUCCUGUUGAAUAAUUGAUUAAGAGAAUAAUUCGUCCUCCUCUGCUCUUUCUCUGAAUGUCAUCUGUUUCAGGCACCAAUGGGAGCUCUGAUAGCUGAUCAGACUGGCUCUGGGUUUUAAUUUUAUUUAUAAGCGGCCAUUUUAAAAAAAAAAAAAAAAAAUCACUCCAGCUCCAAUCUACCCCCCCCCCCCCACCCCCCUCUUUUUGCAGAAAUGUGUGCAUUUUUUUGAAAGGCUUUAUGUUUUUAUUUCAGUUUGAAACCAAUAAAUGUUUACACCAAA